CGUCCCAUGGUACUUCCGGAAACAGCGCCGGGCCCGGUCCGAGCGCCGGGCGGGGAGAGGCGCUGCUGGGAGGGGAGAGAAACCAUGCCAUUUUUGGGCCAAGACUGGAGAUCCCCUGGAUGGAGAUGGGUUAAAACAGAAGAUGGAUGGAAACGAUGUGAGCCCUUUAGUCCUGCACUUGAGGAUGGGAAUAAUCAGCUGAAUGAUAUCAGCCACACUGUCAUCAUAACUGGGGAUGAUGAGAAAGAAGUAUACAGUACUGAAGACUGUGAGUUUGCAGCCAAGAAAAGGAAAAAAGAUCAUUUUGGGAAUAACACGGAUUCACAAUGUUUUUAUCGUGAAAAGUGGAUUUAUGUUCAUAAAGAAAGCACCAAGGAAAGACACGGCUAUUGCACCUUGGGAGAAGCUUUUAACCGCUUAGAUUUUUCAAGUGCAAUUCAGGACAUCAGAAGGUUCAAUUACGUGGUCAAACUUUUGCAGCUAAUUGCAAAAUCCCAGUUAACUUCACUGAGUGGUGCAGCACAGAAGAACUACUUUAACAUUUUGGAUAAAAUUGUGCGGAAGGUCAUGGAAGACCAAUACAAUCCACGAUUAAUCAAAGAUCUUCUACAGGAUCUGAGUUCUACUCUCUGUAUACUGAUUAGGGGAGUAGGAAAAUCUGUGUUGGUAGGGAACAUCAAUAUUUGGAUUUGCCGAUUAGAAACUAUCCUUCUGUGGCAGCAACAAUUAAAAAACCUUCAGAUGAACAAGCAAGUCAACAAUGGUCUUACGCUUAUGGAUCUCCCUCUCCAUAUGCUGAAUAACAUCUUAUACAGGUUCUCUGAUGGCUGGGACAUUAUUACUCUGGGUCAAGUGACCCCAACUUUGUAUAUGCUUAGUGAAGACAGACAGUUGUGGAAAAAACUCUGCCAGUACCAUUUUGCGGAAAAGCAGUUUUGUAGGCAUUUGAUUCCAUCAGAGAAAGGUCACAUUGACUGGAAGUUGAUGUACUUUGCACUUCAGAAAUAUUACCCAAUAAAGGAACAGUACGGGGACACCUUGCAUUUCUGUCGACACUGUAGUAUUCUGUUUUGGAAGGACUACCACCUUGCUUUGUUACUCCAGGAUACAGGACAUCCCUGCACAGCCAGUGAUCCAAACACCUGUCUCAUGCCAGUAUCUCCUCAGCAUUUCAUUGAUCUAUUCAAAUUUUGAGGUGUUCAGUAGCUGUUCUCCUGUGUUCGUGGCCAUUUUUGUGAAGAGUCAGGCAGGAUAUGUUAUGCUUUUUGUGCAAUAUAUUUAAGUGUAAUGUUUUAUUGUAGUUAAAAAAAAUGUAUGGGGAGAUUAUCAGACAGGUUUAUUUGGUGUAUUGCUUUUGUGCAGAAAAGACAGGUGGAGAAGGAGAUGCAUUAAGAAAAUUUCUUUGUCAGGAAAUCUGCAGUGGACUUUUUUUUAAGUCCAAGAAAGACCACUUAAAUCUCAACUUUAAAUCCAUGCUUUUGACGCCUUAAUAGUUGGUUAAAAUUAUGUGGGGGAGUUUUGAAAAUUUCAUGGAAGAAUUAAACUACUCUUGCAGGGACCAAAGGAGGGGUGUUUUUGUUAAUCCUUCUUUCUUUAAGCCACAGUUUUCAAAACACCUCCAUAUAAUUUGCACUAUUAUAAAGAAUAGGCCAAUAUUCUCUUAGACUCUUACUACAUCGUUACCAGGGUGACAUUAAUCAUUGUGAGGUAGUGAAUAUAAUAUAACUGUGGUUAUAUCUGCUGUUGAACCUAUAUGAAUGAAGGAAAUCAACCAAUCUUUGUACAUACAUUAUGCAAAUAUAUUUAUUUUUCUUAAGGACUUUAUUAAACAUAUAUAACCUAUCUCAGCACAUCCCACAGAACUCGACACCAAUCUGGGGCUACUGGAAAUCUCAUUUUUCUGAUGGUAGCUACAGCCUUCAUUUAUACUGUUUGGAAUGUCUACAAAUGCAACCGCAUUAACUCAUCUUCUAAGAAGAAGACAUUUUUGAAAUUUAAGGAGAAUGGAGUUGCUUGUUUCUAGACUGGUACAGUGGCAGAAGCCUAUGCUACCAACCGAGGUUCUAACCUCGGGUGUUUGAAGCUGUGGGGAACACUGAAGGUCAUUUUGAGCUGAAGCACCUUCUGCCAAGUUAAUCAGAUGAUAAAUUCUCAAGGAAGUUAUUUUCAUCUAUCCUGUAGAACAAACUGAAUUGCUUGGCUUAGGCAGGUAAAGGAAAAAUUAGGGAAGUUUUGGGUUUGUCAGUGAAAUUUAAAAAUAUGUAAUGUACAGAAAAAAUAAAUUAUGUACCAUAUUCUGCACUUGCCUGUUCUGAAUCUAGUUUUGUACAGUGUAAUAAAUCAUGGUUUUAUCUGUUAUUUCUAGAAGUCUCCAGUGCACAGAGAUGAAUCAAUUCGUAUUUUGCAAGAUCUUUCUAUAACCUGUUCUCUGUAGUAAUUGGUCAUGGAAUGAGAAGCUUACAACCAGUCCAAGUGACACUGCUUUUCAGUAACUGGUUGUAUUAGCACUUUUUUUUAAUAGGAUAGUUGGGCUGUUAAUAGGCUGCACAAGAAGAGGAGAAUAUUUAUUUCCUCAAAAUAUAGUUUAACUUGAAUCUUGGUAAUAUACCAACCUUAUCCAUUGAAUUUGCUGAUAGGUGGAUUUUUAAAUACAGGGUUUUGUGGAUUUCUUUUCUUUCUUUCAAUUCAGGUGUUGGCCAUGGCUAUGGUAGUGAUCAGGUACGGAGCCAAGGACAUCCAUUCUUAUUCCUCUUCAUUAAGAACAUUGCUGCAAGCCCUGCUUUCCUAGCCCAAGCACUGCUGUAGCCACUGGAUUUGUUAAGGAACCAGCAGCACUUCUUUAACAACAAUUUGCACCCUAUUUAUUUAACUCAUGUAAGAGUUGCUGAUGUGCUUUCCCAUGUAUGUGACCUGGGUAACCUUGACAGAGGUUGCUGAUUGCUGACAUCCAUUAAUCACUCCCUUACCAUGGUUACAGUUUGGCUACUCUUCAUGAAACUGCGUCUAAAUACAUGGAUGCUACCUGCUUUCUCUGAGAGCUUGAAAGAAAGAUUUUAAGCAUUUGAUUUAAUACUGCUGUGAGCUCUUCCCCCAUCGUGCUGACUGAAGGUCUCUGAUCAGGGACUGUGUGGAACCAUCUCCUGCAGACAGAAUGCAAGCUUGUAAGGGACCCACUCUUACUUGGGAGCUGCCCAUCACUGAAGAGACAAAUGUGACUACUGGGGAAAGGUAUUAAGAGAGCUAUAAGAGACCUCCCUUAGCCACUGAAUUGAGGAGGGAGAGAAAUUACUUAAAAUGGCUUGUAAGAACUUAAAGAUAAGUUUGGAAAAAUCAGUAUCUGUAAUAAUUAAUUUUCAGUUCUCUUAGAAAUGUCAAGUGACAGCACUUUCUCUUUCCCCACUUGCUGUCUUGCACUACCUUCUGUAGCAAAAAGCCUUUGACAGGCUGAACGUUUUGUUCAGAGACAUGUUCCUGUGCAGGCCAUUCAGCAUAACCAGGCCAUCCCACAGGUCUGAGGUGGCAGUAGACAAGAUGACAACAGCCAGGAUUCUGCCUUGGAUUGUUCAUUCUACAUUCACAGGUUGGUUGAGGGUAGAAGGGACCCUGUUAAGCAGGGCUUAACAAGCUGAUUGUCCAGGACUUUGUCCAGAACUUUGUCCAGAACCAUGGCCAGAUGGCUUUUGAGUAUCUCCAAGGAAGGAGGCUCUACAGCCUCUUUGGGCAGCCCGUGCCAGUGCGUGGUUAUCCUCACAGUAACAAAGUGUUUCCUGAUGUUCAGAUGGCACCUCCUGUGUUGCAACUUGUGCCCCUUGCCUCUGGUCCUUUCAGUGGUUUCCCGUGACAAGAACUUGGCUGCCUUCUCCUCCCACCCUCCCUUCAGGUAUUUAUAGACAUUGAUGAGGUCCCCCUGAGCCUUCUCUUCUCCAGACUGAACAGUUCCAGCUCUCUCAGCUUUUCCUCACAGAACAGAUGCUCCAGUCCCUUCAUGCUCUGUCUGACCCUUCACUUGACUACCUUCAGCAGGUCCAUGCAGCCCAUUAACCUUAUCUGUGUUGCAGCCCAUUAACCUUAAUUGUGUCAAGGGCACACUUCUUGGCUCAUGUUCAGCUUGGUGCCCACCAGGAUGCCCAAGUCCAAAACCCAGUAGCCUUUUAAACCUUUCUUUCAGGUUAACAAAAAAAAAGGGGGGGAGGGGAACAGAAGAGAUGUGCAUACAUGCUCUGAGAAGCAUUUCAGUGCAGGGCUAUUAAUUAUUUUUUAUAUCUUAAAGAUCUUGAGUGCAGAAUCACACUGUCAUGAGCAGUGUUACAAGCUUUUAACACUCAGCAAAACUGAGCUUUGGGAAUAGUUGCACUAGCUAGUUAAAUAUUUAGUGAAUGCAUUUCUUAGACUAGGCAAAUACUAGAGCUUGAUUAAGAGCGACUACACGAUGUAAAGUCAUUGGCUGCAUAAGAAGAUAGCUUUUAAUUGUGUCACCUACCAAAAAAGCUAAGGCAGUGAUCAUGAUCAAUAUGGUUUGUGUUGUCUUAUUUGGUUUUGGUUGGGGUUUAUUUUAUAUCUCAAAGGGGAGAGGAUUUCACCUUUAGGAUAACAAUCACGUUAAUACUUCACCUGAAGUAAAGAAUAUAUUUUGACAGCCUGAAUUCAUCUCAGUUUCCUUUACACCAGUACUUACUCAUGUAACCUAAAGUGUUGUAACCCAGGAGAAAGUAAUUCCUUAAAGUAAAACAUCUGCUCUCUGGCCUCCUGGGUGCUGACUGUCCCAUGCACAGAAAGGCAGGUCCUGUCCCCUAAAGCAGAAAAAGUGCCUUGAAAUGUGUACUAAAUCUCAACAGCACGUUUCUUUUGCUCCCCAGCUUCUGUCCCUAGACCUGGAACUGUUUACAGACAGAUUUUGCAGUGGCAAUGGUAAGAAAUCAUGUUCUAACUGUGGCCCCUGCAUGAUCACAUCACAGAUUCAGGUGAUCUGGGUUUUAUUGAAUUCUAGUCCUGAAAAAACAAUACUGAUUCAAAGGCAAUCAGGAUGUUCUCUGCCACAGUGCAAAAUGAGCUUGAAAUUACAAUUUUGAAAAACAGGAUCUUCUUUCCCCCUCCCCAACAUGUGCCCCAGUUACUGCCUCCUGUCUCUGAGAGACUCCUUGCUUGUUUUGUUACAUUCUCUCCCAACAGUUUUAUUCACCUUUUUCUGGGAGAAGACAUUCUGCCAGUGUCCAAAGGCACUGAGUGAGCCUUUCUCUUUGGAUGUCAGACAGGAUCGAGGCAGAGUAGCAGAGGAGCUGGACCUUCCUCUUUUCCUUCCCCUGCUCCCCAUCCCUGGGUAAUGCAUAAACUUGAUUUUGGAGAAGGAAGAAGUUGAACUUCAAGAAAACAUUUAGCUCAAACCAAAACAUAUCCACUAGGAAUAGGAUUGAAAGACUAGUGACAUUUUUGUGGUCUAGAAGGCAGAAGCAAUGAGGGCUAGCAGAAACGAGAGGGUAGAAUAGGGAACAGUAGCACAAAAUUUUGGAUCUCCUGAUGUACAAAUUAGCAUAUUUACAGAUCAAUCAUUGGCAAAGAAGUUAGAGGAAGGCCAGAUGCUUAAUAUCCAGCUAAGGUUGCUUGAAUUGGCAUAGAGCUAGAGAGAUACCAGCAUUAAAUAAAUCAAACAAUAUCAAAUGUUUGGAUACAGUUGCUAAAUUACAGUUCAGAACAUAGAAGCAUUAGCUAAUUAUGCUAUUCAUUUGUACUGUUUCUAUGCUUUCAGCUGCAAGGCUCAGUUCCAACCCCUUCAAAGACAUUGGAACGUAAUUCCUAUGAAGUUCAGUAGGAUAAGGGUUACCUUUAAUUCUUAAAAUGUCUGUAUGGAAGGACAUAAUAGAUAAGUGGAUUCAGAACAUGAGAGGUGAGAGAAAAGCUUGGUGUCUUUUCUUUCAAUUCCCAUGGGCUGUUCUCUGUUCCACACACAGAUCUCUCCCUCUGCCUGUCAGACAUGCUGGUAAUGCUUAUCUUCUGCAGGUUUAUGUGUUCAUUCUUCUACAAAUAUGAAUAAAACAUGUUCAGCUUUGUAUUUGUUGCACUUUACAGUUAUUGCACCUUCAGCUGAAAGUUCUAAUAAUUUUCAAGGCACACACAAACAGCUGCCACUUAGUUCUACAUUUACUUAUUUAAUUUUUAUAUGCUCUUUCCAUUUGAAUGCUGUUUUUCUAUAGUAUUUAUAGCAGACCAAUAAUGGAAGAAUAAUUUAUUUGCUGAAGUCAGUUGUCAUCCCCACACAAUGCUUAGAUUAUAGAACAAAGUUCUGCAUGGUGGGAGCACCUCUUCACAAUGUUUUGGUCCCUGUUAUUCUUCAGACAUAGCAGUUAUUUUUAGCUUUUUUCCUACUGUUGACUUUUAAAGCUGUAAACCUGUACUCGCCUUCUUAACUCGAUGGUAUCCCUUUAGAACUUGGUGAAUUUAUAAAAGCAAUACUUUUCAUUACAUUUUCAUGACCAUAAUGCAGCAGCUCCUGCAGUAGCAUUUCCCAGUCUGUACCUCUGAACCCCAUCUCAGGUAGACCAAAUACAUUCAUCCACUAAAAGGGGAAAAAAGUAUCCUGAUACUAAAGUGGAAUCAUCAGGGAUCUCAGAGAAGAAAGAGAAGGAUGGAGAAAGGUCUUAAGAGAUCUCAGAAAUCUGGUAAAAGAGCAGAGAAUGGGAGGAGGCUGAAAGUACAGUAUUUGAAGAAUCAGGAUACUGGAUGGAGCUGCUCAGUUCAACUAAAACUUCAAUAAAUAAACCACACCACCACUUAAGUUCCUGCUGCAAGCUGGCCAUAAGUCUUCUGUUUAUCCUAUAUUUAAGGGUACAGUCUUCUACCACCUGCACUCACUUUCUAUAUUUUUGGUCAAUUAAGCUAAAUUUACAGGCAUAGUAGUAUGACAUAGAUCUGGAGAAGUGUUUGCUGCAAGUUAGAGCACUGAUGUUACAAGCAUCCAGAACUUUCUUUUUGUACCUGUGCACACAGAACAUUCUUUUCAAUUGCUCAUCACAGCCAAAAAUCCUGGUCUUGAAUAGGAUAACGAGGAAAAAACACCAGGAAAGAGGACUGUCUGUGUGUUAGUUCUGAUUCUCCAACACUAAACCCCUGGCUUAUUAGUAAAUAUUGAUACUAACACCCCUAGGAACAUUGUCAGAUAUUCUGGACUUCUCUUUAUAGUGUUCUUCAUGCCUUAAUGCUCCUUUACGUGUCUUGAAAACCUUCCCCCUGUCCCCAGUGCAGCCAGUUCUCAUGGCACAGGUCAGGAGCUCAGACUUUCCACCCUGUCUUCAGCUGCCAACAGGCCCAUCCACCUUGGCUACAACAGUUUGGUCAACUCACACUUGCUCUCCUGCAGGGCACAGCAGGACAGCCAUGCUCUGCAGACAGGUUGAUACUCUUCAGGAGACACAUGACUUUAUAAAAUGGAAAAAAAAAAGAGCAAGUAUAUAUUUCACUAAGUCUCUAAUUUUCAAAAUAACUCUAAAGUGCAGCAUUACUCUUUCUGUAGUAGGACUUCUGGGAAUCUUGUGCUCCAUCCUAUCAAACAAUGGUUUACUUCCUAAUGGGAAAUGAUGCUUGACUUGUUUUCCUUUGUUUUUCCUAUCAAAUGUUGGUUGCCAAGUUUCUGUCCAAAUGUUCAAAAGAUAAACUGUUUACAGGCACUAACUGAGGCAAGUCAGCCUAAAAGGGGGGUGUCGGUCAUGCAAGAAAUAGCAGAGAGUAAGUCUUCAUGUAAUCAGGAUGUCCUUGCAUGUGUGAUUCCCCCCCCCCAAAAAAAAAAAGCUAAUAUGGGACAAGUACAAAAAUAAAA